AUGGAUCUCCUAACCAUCCUGCCCACCUUCGUCAUAAAACCAUACACGCAUAUUCUCCCCUCGCUAGAAAGAAGAAACAUCUCGACCGUCGACCUGAUAACCCUCGACUAUCUCGAAAUCGCGAAACGAGCACACGUCCCCCCCGCCGACGUUCGCCGUUUGUGUGCUGAUGUCGUUGCCGCGCUACAUGGCGAUUUGGACUUGCAGGUGACGAGUGAUAGCGAUAGAAAAAACAAGGACGAAGGACAAGAGGCAGAUAGCAAGAAAGAUGCCCGAGCAGAAAGAGGGCUGGAUCUUGCGCGGUGGAAUACUGUCACCACCCUGGACCCCGCGCUAGACAAGCUUCUGGGCGGCGGUAUACCGACAGGUUAUCUGACCGAAGUCACUGGCGAGAGCGGAAGUGGAAAAACGCAAUUCCUUCUCAACCUCCUCCUCGCCGCGCAACUCCCUGCCCCAAAAGGACUCGGUAAAAGAGCCAUCUACAUAUCGACCGAGGCACCACUAUCAACACCACGACUGUCCCAGAUCCUACAAACCCACCCUUUUCUAUCCCAACUGCCCGCAAACGAGACCCCCUCUUUGGACAACGUUCUCUCCAUCACAGCCGUAGAUCUGGAAACACAAGACCAUAUACUCAACUAUCAGCUUCCAGUUGCAAUAUCGCGGUUCAAUGUUGGUUUGGUAGCGAUAGACUCGAUUGCUGCCAACUACCGUGCCGAACAUGCCUCGAACAGUAUGCAGGGUCUGUCAGCGCGCUCUGGCGAAUUGGCCAGGCUGGGACAUAUGCUGCGCAAUCUGGCUGUCAGGGAGGAUGUGGCGAUAGUUGUUGCGAAUCAGGUCUCGGACAGAUUCGAUAAUAGUAUGCUGGCAGUGGAUACACGCUUCUCACGGAGCAGUCAAACAUCACUCUUAAAUCGCGCAACACAUAACAGCAACAACAAAACAAUCGGGGAAGGGAAUGACUUCCCAUCCUCAUCCCCAGCCCUAUCGUCCACGCCUUCCUCACAACUGCCCGCUGAUGAUGACGCAUUCGUGUUCGAUGGCGCAUAUAUUGUCGGCCACCAUCCCGUGCGGAACGAAACCCUGAGUCUCGCGCACCAGCAGAAGUUUUUCACUGGCUGGGGCGACGAGGAUGGUGGUUUUUUUGAAUCGCAACAGAAAACCCCUGCAUUGGGGUUUGUGUGGUCUACGCAAAUCGCGUGUCGCAUUGCAUUGAAAAAGGACGACGAGAGUGCUGAUAAUCCUUUCCGUAUAUCAGCGUUAUCCACGCAGCCAUCAUUUCAAGUUUCGCACCCACAAGGAGAAGGAAAUGCAGUUGACAAGGAAAAUAAUCAUUCGACCGAGAUAAAAUCUGCAGGAGAAGUUUCGCUUCAGUCAUCUCCCUCCCAAAACAAGGGAAGCAAUACCCCAACGCAUCAUGAAGAGAAAGACCCUUCUCUUCCUCUAACCAAGGCCCCAAGCAAAACACCAACAAAAGUAGCAGAACGACGAACCAAACGCCGGAUCAAACUCGUCUUUGCGCCGUGGACAUCAGGCAUUGUGCACAAUGAUCAGCGUGACACUGGUAGCAACGAAAUAGAAUUUGAGAUAUGGAAGGGCGGGAUACGCAGUCUUGCAAAUAAACCCUAA